GAUGUGCACAAAUGAUGAAAAAUAGGUGCGGUUGUUUAAAGCGUGAUAUAAUCAAGGACAUAUCAACUGAGGACAUGACGGAAUUGACGUAAUUGGAGAUAAAGAAUAGAAUAAAAAGUGUUAAAACCGCAGUUGCUUGCAAAUACUCAGAGCAGUAAGACCUCUCGGAUAAAGUGCUAGUGCAUUCCCGACAACAUGUACGAGUGGACUAUUGCAUGCAGUUUUCUACUACUCAUUAUCUCCAUCUACUAUUGGUUGAACCGUUACAGUUAUUUUGAUAAACUCGACGUAAUACAUAAAAAGCCAUUGCCCUUUGUGGGCAAUAGUCUACCGUUUUUAAUCAGAUCGAAGACGUUCGCUGAAUUUAUCGAAGAUGCUUACAAUCUGGACAGAGACGCAAAAUACGUGGGCCUUUACGAUUUCAGUGAUCCUGUUGUCGUGAUUCGGGAUCCAGAACUCAUAAAAAAUAUAACCAUCAAAAGCUUCGAUCACUUCGUGGAUCAUCGAACGAUUAUCGAUUCGGAACAAGAACCUCUGUUCACUAAAAAUUUAUUUGGUCUGCGUGGGAAUCAAUGGAGAGAGGUGAGAAAUCUCCUGAGUCCUGCCUUCACGUCCAGUAAAAUGAAGGCCAUGUUCAAAUUGAUGUCCGAUUGUGCUGAAAAUUUUGCCGAUUACCUGAAAGCAAAUGCUGAUAAUGAAUCUACCAUCAAUUCAAAGGAUGCAUUCACUAAAUAUACCACCGACGUAAUUGCAACGUGUGCUUUUGGUGUAGCAGUGGACACCAUGAGAAACCCCAAUAAUGAAUUUUAUGUGCUUGGUAAAAAAGCCACUAGUUUCGACGGUAUCGUCAUGCUUUUCAAAUUUUUUAUGAUGAGAGCUAGCCCGACUCUUUCGAAAUUAUUUGGCAUCAGAUUCACUGAUAGGAGAGUUGAGAUAUUUUUCACUGAACUCGUGAAGAAUACAAUUGAAACAAGAGACAGGGAAGGCAUUACUAGACCAGAUAUGAUUCAGCUGAUGAUGGAAUCACGAAAUAAUAAACCUGGGGAUGGACCAAUACUGACGAUUCAGGAUAUGGUGUGUCAGGCAUUCGUUUUCUUUUUCGGUGGAUUCGAUUCAACAUCCUCCGUCAUGUGUUUCGUUGCUCACUCCAUUUCUACAAAUCCAAAUAUUCAGAAAAAAUUACAGGACGAAGUUGAUGACGUAUACGAGAAGUGCGGGGAGUCCCUCACCUACGAGGCUAUUAAUAAUAUGGAAUACCUGGAUGCUACUAUUAAUGAGGCUCUGAGAUUAUUUCCCAUUCAACCCGCUGUCGAUCGGGUCUGCACAAAAACUUUUGAACUACCACCUGCAUUACCAGGAAGAAAAUCUGUUAUUAUAAAACCUGGGGAUGGCGUCUUCCUGCCAAUUUAUGCACUUCACAGGGAUCCCGAGUUUUUCCCAAAUCCAAAUGAAUUCUAUCCUGAGCGUUUCCUGGAAGAUCCCAAAGGAACACUUCAUUCACCCGCAUACAUGCCCUUUGGCGCUGGUCCGAGAAUGUGCAUUGGAAACCGAUUUGCUCUCCUGGAAAUUAAAGUUUUACUGUUUCACUUGCUCGCCAAAUGCACGCUGAGACCAGGAAAGAACAUGAUUUUGCCAUUAGAACUCAGCAAGACAAGUUUCGCCAUGACAGCUAAGGGUGGAUUUUGGUUGAGCCUCGAACCCCGGAAUAAAUGGAAUAAAAAGUUAUGAGCGAUUCGAAUUAGUAUUCACAACAGGCUUCCCUGAUUGGUGUUAUAUAGUCAUUCGCUUCUCCUAUUUUAUAAUAAAUAUGUAAAUAUGUGAAGAAACGUAGUAAAUGAAUAUGACAUACGCCUUCAA